GUGUGGCUGUCCGGUGGCGAAGGUGAGUGAGUGAGCGGGCGGGAGCAGCGAUGGCGGCGGGUCAUGGAUGGUCUGAAAUUUGUCUAUUGCUGCUGCAACACAGAACAUGACCUGUACAUAGGGCUCUGUUGAUGGAUAGAUUUGGAAACCAUGCCUUAUUUGCACGGAUUUCGACGAAUUAUCUUCGAGUAUCAGCCGUUGGUCGAUGAGAUUCUAAGGAUUGUAGGGCUACAGGGACCCAAUGGGGAGACAAGUGAGGAAACUCCUCCUAGCGAGGUUCCUGUGACUGGGACUGACUUGGCAGCACUACAAGACCUGCUGGAGAGAGAGGCACAAACAUCAUUCUAUGAGGAAGCUAUCAGCUAUGCUCUGCUCAAAGUGGCUAAAGCUGGUCUAGUCAUUGCAGCCCAGGAACUGUUGACACAUGGAGCUGAUCUCAACUUUGAAGACCCUGUUACGUACUACACGGCCUUGCACGUAGCUGUGCUACACAACCAGCCUGGCCUGGUAGAACUGCUCGUCCGACAUGGAGCAGACAUCAACAAAAGGGACCGGGUUCACAGCAGCAGCCCACUAGACCUGGCGAGUGAGGAGGUGGAACGUUUGCCGUGCCUGCAGCGACUACUUGACCUCGGAGCUGAUAUAAAUGGAGUUGACAGGAUCGGAAAAUCAGCCUUGCUGCACGCUCUGGCCAGCAGUGAUGGAGUGCAGGUGUAUAACAUUGCCAACAUCAAACUACUCCUUGAAAGAGGUGCCGAUGUGAAAGCCGUCAUGAUGGAAGGUGACAAUGUCUUCACGUUCAUUGUCUUUCUUCUGGGUGAGACAGAAGGCAGAGACCAGCAAGAGGCUGAAACCAUGCGGGACUUCUGCUUGCAUACCACCCAGCUGCUGCUCGCCCACGCCGCUAAACCUGACGCUUGUCAACCCGAGGAUUCCCUCAUCUACACCUGCAUCAAUCAGUUUGAGGUCCACCUCCCUAUCAUACAGGUUCUCCUGGACUCUGGGGCUUCCAACCAUUGCCCUGAGCACGGCCCUUCCUGCUGGUCCGGAUUCACGCUUCUCUUUGAGAGACUGCGCACGCUGCUGAAUGGACCAGAGGCUGGAAUUACGCACAGUGAAGCCUUGCAGCGAGCAGGAGUGACCUUGGAGCUCAUGGUGGGCAAUGCCACGCGUCCCUGGCUGCCUCUUGGCUGGGAAAUCAAACCAACAGCCUACUCCAUCUACACGGACCAAGUGCUGGCAUUGUCCAGGUCCCUGAAACUACUUGAGCUUUCUCCAGCCUCGCUGAAGCAUCUGUGCAGGGUGGACAUCCGUCGACUUCUGAGACCUGUCCCUUUGGAUCCCAAGGUGAAAGCCUUGCCUCUGCCAGACCAGUUGAAGUGGUUUUUGUUGAUGCAAAACGGUAAGAGUGAGGAAGAAGGCAUGCAACAGUAGCAUAAGAGGGCAACUUGGCGGUGACUGAAGACUGGUUAAUGUCCAGGGGAGGGUUUUGGAUUUCUGCUUUGGGUCUAAAAAGGGUAAUUUUUGGAACUUAAUUAUGUUUUACUCCUUGAACAGUAUGGAGAUAUGGGACCACGAGUGGAUUCAUGGAGAAAGAAAGAUCUCACUGCUGACAUUGGUACAGAUUGUAUCUACUGACGGACUAGUGACAUCCAGACACAGAUGAUCAGCACAAAACCAUAGCUUGUGCUGGUCAAUGUGCUCAGUUUGGACACUUUAAUUUUUCUGUCGCAACUAACUGAAAUCUUAACUAGUAAUGUCAAUAUUUCAGUGCUUCAUCUAAGGUUCCAUGCUGCAUAUGAGCGAUUCUACAUUACAAUUGAAAUGCUGUACUUAACCAAAAGAUUCUACCUAGAAUAAAUUCCCAGAGUGUGCCAUUC